GGGCUAGUCAGCAACAUGUAGACAGGCUGAGUAAAGAGAGGUCGAGACUGUGUGUGCGUACAAUUUUUUUUGUACGGUUUUUUUUUUCUUUUUCUUUUUCUUUUUAGUAACAUACUGUAACAUACUGGGUGGAAACGUCUUGGAAAUGGGCAGCAGUGGAAUGGAUAUACAAGUGACGAAGUGCCGCAGGGAGAGCAGAGCGUCUGGAUCCUGAAAAACAAAAUAUGAAUGGCACAGUGUGGCCCACACACACCACAGAUAACUAGUAGAUGUCAUCAGGGACAGUUCUAUUAUACUCGACAGCCCCAUGAUCGACUGCAGCCUUGGAGAUUGCAGUGAUGUGGCCUGAUGUGGUCUCGUUCCUGCAUAAAACGCUACCCACCCAAGUGACUCUUUGGCUGUGUCAUGGCGGCAAGGCCUGCCCUUUCGUUCUUAUUGGCUGUGCUGGCGUGCACUGGGCCGGCCCAGCCCUCACCCCCACUGCUGCUCCGCCCCCGGGAGAGAGAGAGGGACUCUGGAGGGGCUUCGGGCGGAGUCAACAUCGCUGUAGUCCACUCCGGCUCCUCCCACCUCCCGGAAACGAGUGCCGGGGUGGGGGGUGUGGGCGGUGCCUCUUCGACAGGCUCCGGAUCUGGUGCCGGGCCAAGCAGCAGCAGCAGCAACUCGGGGACAGGUUUUCUGAGUCGGGCCUGGUCAGGACAGGUGGGAGAGAGCGUGAUGACGCCAUGGGGACCCGCGAAUGUGAUCUGGCUGGCCGUGAACGAGAGCAGUCCUGGGAGCCUCUUGCUACAGUUGUGUGAGUUACUGGCUACCACUCCACUACAAGGCCUUGUGUUUGAGGAAGAGAAGCCACCACCGCCCAACCGGGCACCAUUAGCACCUAUGCUGGAAUUUGUCUCGGCCCAGACAGGAGUGCCUGUGAUUGCCGUUGGAGGAGGGGCUGGCUUGGGGAGGGAGCCACAGGAGAGCGGCUCCGUCUACUUGCAGUUCUUGUGCUCCACUGGCCUGCAGCUGGAUGUCAUUUUUGAAGUUCUGGAGGAGUUUGAUUGGACGGCUUUUUCUGUGGUUACCACACGCCACCACGGCUAUGAGGACUUCCUGGCCAUGGUAGAAGGCAUGAUAGAUGGCUCCUUCAUUGGCUGGGAGAGAAAGAGCGUGGUGAUGCUCAACCUGACUGAUGACCCGGGUGGGGUUCGUACACGCAGGCUGCUGAAAGAGAAUGAAGCACAGGUGAGGCUCCUAUAUUGCUCACAGGAAGAGGCAGAGCACAUUUUUAAAGCUGCAUGGGCAUCCGGGCAGGCUACUCCUUCACAUAUGUGGUUUGCGGUGGGCCCGGCUCUGUCUGGACUUGGUCUUGAGGGUCUGCCCAAGGCUGUUUUCACUGUGCGACCCCAAGGAUGGAGGGACGAGCCACGACGGCGAAUUGCAAAGGGUGUGUCGGUAUUGACGCACGGUGCUAUGGCUUUACGUAGGGAGUAUGGUGGGGCCCGAGGGACGAGCUAUGCUGGAAACUGUAUGAUGGAUGGAAAUCAAACACAGAGGGUGCCGGAUAGGAUCAGGUUUUUCAGUAACAUAACUCUAUCUGGACGGGACUAUUCCUUUAAUAAUGAUGGUUAUCUGGCAAAUCCGCUCCUGGAUGUAAUCUCCUACACUGCAGGAAGAGGCUGGGAGGAGGUAGGUUGGUGGGAAAAUGGAGUGCUCCGUCUGCGUUACCCUCCCUGGUCCCGUUACGGCCUGUUCCUCAAACCUCUGGAUGACUCCCAGCACCUGCGUGUGGUUACUCUGGAGGAGAGGCCGUUUGUCAUUGUAGAGCCUGCUGAUCCUGGAACAGGCUCUUGUAUCAGAGACUCUGUGCCAUGCCGUCUGCCACUCAACAACAGCAUGGUUGUUGAGGUCAUUCACUCCACAAAGCACUGCUGCAAAGGCUUCUGUAUUGAUGUUCUCAAGCGCCUGGCUAAAAUAGUAGGCUUCACCUACGACCUCUAUCUGGUGACCAAUGGCAGGCAUGGAAAGAACAUAGAUGGAGAGUGGAAUGGAAUGGUCGGGGAGGUGGUGUCCAAGCGGGCUGACAUGGCAAUCGGCUCCUUGACUAUUAAUGAAGAGAGGUCAGAGGUUGUGGAAUUCUCUGUUCCGUUUGUGGAGACUGGCAUCAGUGUCAUGGUCUCUCGUAGCAAUGGCACAGUGUCACCAUCUGCUUUCCUAGAGCCGUACAGCCCAGCUGUUUGGGUGAUGAUGUUCGUCAUGUGCCUGUCUGUGGUAGCAGUGACCGUCUUCAUAUUCGAAUUCUUCAGCCCUGUUGGAUAUAACCGAAGCUUACAGAGUGGAAAGAAGGCAGGAGGUUCAAAGUUCACCAUAGGGAAGUCUAUUUGGCUGCUGUGGGCUCUGGUGUUUAAUAACUCUGUUCCGGUGGAAAACCCAAGAGGCACCACCAGUAAGAUAAUGGUGCUGGUCUGGGCUUUCUUUGCUGUCAUCUUCCUAGCCAGCUACACUGCUAACCUGGCUGCUUUCAUGAUCCAAGAAGAGUACAUCGACACUGUGUCUGGCCUCAGUGAUAAGAAGUUUCAGCAGCCCACAGAGCAGUAUCCUCCCUUACGCUUUGGCACUGUCCCAAAUGGGAGUACGGAGGAGAAUAUACGGAGCAAUUACCCCAACAUGCAUCAGUACAUGGUGCGGAACAAUCAGAGAGGUGUGGAAGAGGCCAUCGACAACCUUAAAACUGGAAAACUGGAUGCAUUCAUAUAUGAUGCAGCUGUCCUGAAUUACAUGGCUCGUAAGGACGAGGGCUGCAAAGUAAUGACCAUUGGCUCUGGCAAAGUGUUCGCUACAACAGGAUAUGGCAUUGCCUUACACAAAAACUCCCGAUGGAAGCGGCCACUAGACCUUGCCCUCCUGCAGCUAGUUGGAGAUGAUGAAAUUGACAUGCUUGAACGACUCUGGCUAUCUGGGAUCUGCCAUAAUGAUAAGAUUGAGGUGAUGAGUUCCAAGCUGGACAUAGACAACAUGGCGGGAGUGUUCUAUAUGCUUCUGGUUGCCAUGGGCCUAAGUCUGCUGGUGUUUGCAUGGGAGCAUCUUGUCUAUUGGAAGCUACGCCACUGUUUGGGCCGCUCUGGAGGAAUGGAUUUCCUACUGGCUUUCAGUCGGGGUAUGUACAGCUGCUGCAAUUUUGAGGAUGAAACAGCUCCUGGAGGUUCCCAAAGCACACUUACUCAAUAUCAUCAUGUCUCCAUGGUUCCUCCUCCUCCACCGCCUCAUGUGAUCUCUACAGCCGUGGCCAAUCCCCCAAUCGCUAUGGCACAACAACAACAUCAACAGCAGCAGCAGCAGCAGCAACAAAAGCAACACCACCAGCAGCCACCGGUAUACAAUGCUCUUCUUCCUGGCAACCCUCCUUCAGGUGGACAUUCUGGAAUGGCAUUAGGGCCAUUGAACAGUCCCAUUCUUGGAGCACCCAUGCCUUGCUCUACAUUCCUACCAAGGCAUGAUCGUCGAUUAGCUGUUGUGAAUCGGUGGACACAUCCAAAUGUGGGCCCUGAGAAGCCUGGUGGUGUGAACAGUGGGAUAACAGACUUAACACAAUUCCAAGGCAUGCCCCCUCACUGGGGUGCAGGAAUAAGAGGAGGAGAGGGGGGUCUGAAUGAGUACAAGAGAUACUAUGGGCCAAUUGAUCCAGAAGGCUUAGGGGUCUCUGCUGAACCUCAAAACAUAGGCACCCAAACUCCAAAAACUAAGCAUCGAGGGACAAAAUCCUCUGGAAACCCACGGUUACCUACUAAAGGUCAAGCCUCUGGACACUUACCAAUUAACCCUGCUUUGCCACAUCCCUCUCCACCUCUGCAAUCUAUCUGGAGGAGAAGCAGCUUCUCAAAAAGGAAGGGUUCAGGGGGGCCACUGUAUGAAAACAUCCUUCCAUUCGAUAGGAGAGGUGGUGGCAGAUAUGGAAUGAGGGAUGGUGGUGGGAGAAGAGGACGUCGUCCUCCUCCUCUUCCUCUGCCAAUACCUAUGCCCCUCUCUUCUCCAACACAGAAUCCACCCUCACCUUCUCCAUAUGUAUGCUACACAUCCACUUCCUCCAGCAGCUCCAGCACCUCCAGUUCAUCCCUUUCUUCAGAGUCAGUCUCCCGAUCCAAUUCUCCCUCUUCUUCAUCAUCGUACACAUCAUCACAGAGCUUCAGAUAUCGGGCAGAUGCACGAGAUGCAUAUGAGGACUAUGACACAGAUGAGCUAACGGAGGAGUCAAGCUUGCUUUUGGGGAGGAGAAAAAGUCAUUCCCAGAUAUCUUUUCGAUCCUUGCCUAGCAGUCCUCCAGCACCACCUAUACCACCCCGUAAACCUUGCGGACAGAGGCCACAGAUUAGAGACAGAGCAGGCAGCCAGAUUGCACAGCUUCAAGAGUGGUGGGCCUCUUGGGGAGAGAAAGAAAAGUGUAGAAGAGCAACUGGAGAUAGAGAUGUUAAGCAGGAGAAACGACAUCAUAAAGAAAUUGAAAGAGAGAGAAAGAGGAGGAAGAAGGGUAGAAAGAAAAAGAAGAGAGAAGAGCGUGAAAAAGAAAGGGAGCGUAAAAGGCGUAAGGUGAAAAAGAAAAAGAAAAAAGAUGAAAAAUCAAGAAGAAGGCAGAGGGAAAAACGAUCUGAACAAGAGGAAGUAGAUAUGGACAGGAAAGAUGUCUUUGAAAAAGGAAUAGCACAGGAAUACUCUUCUUAUCCUGCAAUGAGGCGAAGCUCUCUCCGAAAAAAGAGUGAAAGCUCUACAAGGAGUUAUGAGUGGGAUAUUAUCAGAGAUGGAGUAAAGAGAGAUAGGGAUGAUCAAGGUAGAGAAGAUGAAGAAGGCAGUAGAGGAACGGAAAGGCUUCAGAGAAGCCCAAAAUCACAAUGCCACUCCAGGCCAAGGUCCAACAACAAGAAUUUUUCUUGCUUAAACAAAACUUCUUCAACCGUUAAAUUUUGGAGUAGCAGAAACCCAACUUCCGAUUCACCAUCAUCAUUUGUACCCUUGCUUCCCACAUAUAAAAGACGAAAGUCUGUAGGAGCUGAGAGAAAUGAGCAAGAAAGAGGUGGAGAAAAUCGUCCACUUUUGGGAAAAAACAAGAGAGUUAAGCCUUGCUCGAAAGAAGGCCUGUCAUUUCAUGAAUGGGAUUCCAAGGAAGAAGAAGAAAAUGAGGAGUCUGAAGUGGAAAGACGUAGGCCAGAAGAACAGGGGCGACGACGAGAAAGCAGAGGAAUGGACUCUGAAUCCGAAAGGGAUAGAGAAAAAGCUGUUGAGAUCUACACAGAUGAUGAAGGUUCCUCAGGAGAGUUUGGUAAGUUUGAGAGAUAUUGGGAGGGUCAUGAAGGAAGGGCAGUUGGAGGAAUUGGAGGAGGGGGAUGGUUCUUUGGCACCUACCCUGCCAGAGAAAGAGGAGGCAGCAUAAACAGUAGAGAUGAUUCAUUUUUGGGGUGGGGUGGUGGAGAAAGUAGCUUGGGUUUCAGAGCAGGAACAGGGUGUGGAUCAGAAGGAUUAGGAUCAAAUCAGUUGCCUCCAACUCCAUUGACUCCCCCACCUCCUCGAAGAUACUGGUCUGUUGAUAAAUUACCAGUGAAGACUGAAAAGAAAUCUAAAAGCAGGUCUCAAGAGAAGAGUCGACUUCACACAUCCUGUUCCUGCCAGUCACCCAAUCACUUUGCCAGCACUCACUCUAAAUGGAAUCGGAUGACUUCUAGGAGUCAGGAGGAGCUACUCCCUCACUGCCAUAGUUUCAGCAGCAGUGUAAGACCCAAACGGCAAUCAUCAAAACCGGAACGGGCUCAGAGCCAGGCAAAAUCUGGAAGCCAAUCCAACCUCAGUGCACAAAGACCACAACGCUCAGACUGGUCCCGACAACCGCAGUCCCCUCCUCAGAGUCUACCGCCAUCUUUACCCUCUCAAGUGGUCCCUGCACUCCCAGCCCCACCCUCUUCCUCUCACCAUAUACAUGUACCUCUACCUACCUCCUCUUCAUCAGUGUCCUCCCCUUCGGUUGUCUCAUCUACGCCUGGUGCCCCACAGCCCUCCUCUUUGUCCUCCUCUAGUGCUAAGCUCCAGUACCAGAAACUGCGAUCGAUUCCCCAGCCUCAAAGGUAUCAAUCCCCACAUCUUCCCCUUAAAACCAAGAGCCUGUGCUCUCGUCGAGGCUCUGCCCACUUCUCCAGUGUGGAGAGUGAGGUCUGAGGAACAUAAUUAAAUUAAAUGAGGAACAUCAGCAAGUAGCCCCUAGGGGCUAUCAAAUUACCUGCUCAUGCCACAAACUGUAAACGGUUUAUUGCAGUCGAGUUGGGUUGUUUCGCUGGCACCCAUCUCUUGCACAAAGCUCUAAUGCUCAGAGACAAACCUGGAUUGGGAUGUCACAUAAAUUGUAGCCCUUCCUCUUUACUUGUGUAAGAAUGGAAUACUGCCAUGCUGACAAAUCUUGUUGAUGUUAGCGAGGCUGUUUUUAUGGGAUUGGCUUUGCUUUUCUUACUUCUGGCGGGCUUUAAGGUGGAGUGUCAAUAAUGUGGGUAAAUUUUAUUUUGCUGCUCGAUGGCUCUGGAACGAUUUUUCGAAGGGAGAUUCUGAAGUCAAAAUACAAAGCCUGAACAUCCCACACCCAUCUUUUUAUCUCUCUUGCUCUCAAAGCUCUGAAUCAUGAUGUAAUAGUUGUGUAUAUUCGAUACAAUAUACAUAUUUCAAAAUAUCUCAAGGGAAGCACUCACAAAGGAAAGUAGCAAACCGUUUUUCUGUUCUCAGUCAGAGCAUUUUUCUUGACCUCCACCUUCCACAAACUGACAUUUAGCAUUCUGUGUGUUGUUGUCAGUGUUUGUAUUCCUAGCAACAGGGUAAGUUAGCCAUGACUGAUCACAUAUUGGCUUACUGAAGCUGAAUGCCAAACUAAAGUGGAGCUGAUGUACAGUCCUGUUCCAUUGAAACCAUUUCACAGGUCCUCAUGUGUUUAUUCUCGUCCCUUGAGCAAUACAUAAUUAACUACAAACAACAUACAAUACAUAUAUUUUAUAUUUAAAAGUUAUUUUAUUAUAUGUAAUAUAUAUGUUCUGUGAUCUGGUUCAAAACAGUUGUGUUGAGUUAUUAAAAGAAUAUAAGGACUGUGCUGUAGGGCACAUGCAAUGUUUCAACUACCUAUAAUCGGUGGCAGCCCGUCCCCUCUCGACUGAAUGUACAUGUUGCCAUGACAACGCAGUGUGUUGCAACCAAGACACUUUUAAGAUCGUAGCUUUCUCGAGGGUGACCUUCUCAUCGGAGCCAUUUAGGGUAGCUUAGAAUGCUGAUGUUGAGAGUGCCAGGAUGACAGGUCUAGCCAUACUGCAGCACUGUACUCGCUAACCGAGAUUGUCAGUGAGUGAUGAAAAACGCGUCACCAUUUAGAGAGCGAUAAGCAAAGGAGAGCACUGUUUACAGUUUAACACUGUGUUUUUACACCUUUUUUUACAAGCUGCUCUGCCAUUUAUUAGUUUUGGACAUCAUAUCCAUACUUGCUUAGCAAGUUUGCUUAAGCUGUACAAGCAGCAGCAAGAAUAAACUGCUCAAAUGAGAGCAAAAUAGAGUUGCGGUUUUAUGCUUUUACUAGACAUAUCUGUUAAGUUAAAAAAAUAAAAUAAAAAAAGUCAGAUCAGGUUUAAGUUACAUGUGAGGAAAAGACUGAUUAGCAAACCAGUCAGGUAGAUCUUUGUUUAAUUUAGCUUUUACCAUUAGCCAAAAGCUAGCAUCUUUGAAGUGAUCGCUAUAAAUGACUGUGAAUAUUGCAAAGGGCAAUGCGUGUUGGCAGCAGGUCUGAGUCAACGAUGUUUAAUUUUAUUUAUUUUGUUUAUACACUAUUUAAAAUGUUGCUAGCAAAGUAUGACAAACUGAGUUUCUUUUGUUUCAGAUUCAUGAAUUUUGUAAUGAUGUUGCCUUGACAAAGCCAGCAUACUCUAAUUGGAAAAAAAUAUUUUGGCCUUUUCAAAAUUCCAGCACCUUUGUGUUCAAUCAGAGGAUGUUGAAGCUACAUCCACCAGACUCAGUAUAAUCUUUCAUGCUGUUCUGACUUGUUUUAUAUUUUUCUGAUUAAUCAGGCUUGUGUUUUUCACACAGAAUAUUAUAUAAGAAAUAAAAAAACAGACUAAAUAGAAAUAAAUCCUGAAUAUGUUUAUACAGUAUAUAUAGAUCUUUAAAUAUUCAAUCUCAAGGCUUUUAAAACUUUCACGCAGGGCUUUGUCAAGCCAGCAGUAAAGUUUGACAACUUUCAAUUUGGUUUGAAACAUUGUAUGCUGUUAUUUAUGUAUUAAUUUAUUUAAGUGCAUAUUUGACACAGAACCAUGCACAGUCCAACAGGCUAACUGUGUUUUGUGUGUGUGCUUGUAACUGCAUCUGAGCCAUGUGAAGCUUAUUUGUUGUAUGCUGAGCUUUUUACAAAUAGUACUAAUUAAUUGGUGUAUGGUCUGUUGUCAGUGGGCUAAACAGUAAUGUCAAGAGACUUUGGAGUACUAGAUAAUGAUGAAUUAUUAUUUUUUUUUUAAAACACUGAUGACUCCUGUAUGGUGAAAUUGGGAGGGCAGUAACACAAGUCUUGUCACUUCUGACCAGAAUCAUAACACUUUGCCUCACUGUCAAAGAUUUUGGAGUAAUUCUGAGUAGUAUUGACAUUAACAUUUAGAAUAUUUGGCAGCUUAUGUAUGUAUAUCCAUUGACUCCAACUUUGUUGUGUAUUAUGUGUCUGGAUUACUUUAUAUAUAUAGAUGUACCUCAUAUAUGUGUUUGUAACGUUUAGAUAGCUGUUCAGCAAAGCAAUAUAGCUGAAGAAAAGAGUAUUGUUUUCAAACAUUUCUGUCUGCAGACUUGAUAAUCAAGAUGUUUCAUGUAUUAGCUGCGCAAAAUUAUUUUGAUUUCUCUUUCCAUUCCAUUGUGCACAAUUGCACAUUAAAGUCAGCAGACAUCUUUGAUAAAACAUUUGGGCUAAAAAAGUGAGGACCUUAAGAUAAUGUCUUUUUUCUUUUCAUUUUCAAAUGACAGAAUAUCAGACAUAUUGCACAAGUUUUAUUAGGAACUGCCACCACCAAGAAUCUUAAAACGGCCUUUCUCUAAACUUGUCUUCUUGUGUUGAUAGUGUCUUUGACAGUAAAUGUUUUGUUUGUUUGUUUAUUACUGUAAGAAUAAGUCUCUUAUCAAAGCAGCAGCAUAUAAAUAUAUACAUACAGAUAUAAAAUAUAUAUUUAAACAAAUAACUUGCACAUAUAUAUAUAUAUAAAUAUAUAUACACAGUAUAUGAUGUUUAUCUACUAAAAUUAUUAUCUUUGAAUUUGUCUUCUUUUGUCUUUUUGUCCUCUCGUCUCAUUGCAGCUGACAUCAGAGACCAGUUUUCAACUGUGUUUUUAUGAAUAACAUGGCUGACCAUCGACCACAAUGAAUUUAUGUUUCAAAUAACCCGCGUUGUGAUUGAGGUUUGUAUGUGUCACUGUGGUGAAAGUUUUGGGACGUGGUGAUGGACAGCUGUAGGCUCCACACUAGGAUCACUUUGAGCAUAGCAGGUCUUUAGCAAAUGGAUUUGACCUCGCUAUGUCAAAAUCUUUGCAGUCUUCACAUGUGUCUCACAGAUCUGGCUUUUUUGGAAACUGUAUGUGUGUGUGCUCUGUCUGUGCCGAGCUGCAGUGUGUUAUGCUGAAAACACAUUUGAACACAUGCGAUGCUGCUCUGUAAUACUUUAUGAUAAUGUAGCUGAGCAGAGCCAGUUAUGUUUUAUGCCACUCUGUGCCAGGACAGUAGUGCCCCCCCGGUACCACUGUGUUAGGUUCUUGUGCCAUACUCCUCUCAGUAGGGGAGCCUCACAGGGGGGCCACUCAGUGAGCCGUUCGACCAUGGGAGACUAUACUAUGCUGUGCUGCGAGCAGAACAGAAUAAAAGAUUUUUAAUACAA